CGCCGAGGAUGAGCCAGCGCGACACCCUCGUGCACCUCUUCGCCGGCGGAUGUGGAGGUACUGUUGGUGCAAUUCUGACAUGUCCGCUAGAAGUUGUGAAAACAAGGCUGCAGUCCUCCUCUGUGACUCUCUACAUCUCUGAAGUCCAUCUCAACACUGUGAGCGGUGCUACCGUCAACCGAGUAACUAGAGUUUCUCCUGGACCUCUCCAUUGUUUGAAGAUGAUCUUGCAAAAGGAAGGUCCCCGUUCCCUCUUUAGAGGGCUGGGUCCUAAUUUGGUUGGUGUUGCUCCUUCCAGAGCGAUCUAUUUUGCUGCUUACUCAAACUGCAAGGAGAAGUUGAACAAUAUAUUCAAUCCAGAUUCUACCCAGGUACACAUGAUUUCAGCUGGUGUGGCAGGUUUUACUGCCAUCACAACCACCAAUCCCAUUUGGCUAGUAAAGACAMGGUUACAGCUCGAUGCGAGGAAUCGUGGAGAAAGGCGAAUGAGUGCCUUUGAAUGUGUCCAGAGAGUCUAUCGAUCAGAUGGUAUUAAAGGCUUUUACAGAGGAAUGUCGGCAUCAUAUGCAGGCAUAUCUGAGACUGUUAUUCAUUUUGUUAUUUAUGAGAGUAUUAAGCGAAAACUACUGGAAUAUAAAACUGCUUCUGCCAUGGACAAUGUGGAUGAAUCAUCAAAAGAAGCUUCGGACUUUGUUGGAAUGAUGAUGGCAGCUGCCACUUCCAAAACGUGUGCCACAUCAAUAGCAUAUCCCCACGAGGUUGUACGAACGAGGCUAAGAGAAGAGGGAACAAAAUACAGAUCUUUCUUCCAGACACUAUCUUUGCUUGUGCGAGAAGAAGGGUAUGGAGCCCUCUACCGAGGCUUAACUACACAUCUGAUCAGACAGAUUCCAAACACAGCUAUCAUGAUGUCAACCUAUGAAGUGGUAGUCUACUUGCUGGAUGGAUAGCRGUGUCACAAGGCUUUCUAGAGGAAGGUGGAAGACCGAAAGACUCGAGUGGACUACCAGAUGUCUAUGCCGGUGUUGCGGGCGGAAGGAAAACUAUCAGGAACGUGCAGCUAUGGACAAAAUAGAAGACUUAUUGUGGGCAACUAUGAAUGAUUGUACUGCUUUGUUGUAUGGUCUCUUGGCAAUGUGAUAAUGGGAGCUGCCCCACAGGGAAUGCCUUUAUACACCUCAAUUCAGAAUUGCAUUUGCUUUGCAUCUCAAGUUUAGACAAAGCCAUUCAGUCAGCUUGAAGAGACCUGAUGGAUGAGCAGGAGGGUAUAAAAUAUAUUCUGGGGGCAGUCCUAUUCCUUCUUGAAGUGAUUGCUCUUCAAUAUACCUUUAUUUUCUGUUUUACUGCACAGUAGCCUGUAGUUGGACGAAGGGGGAAGAUCAGACUACAUACCCAUACUUUUCUAUACAUUAUGAAACUUCACUUGCUCUGAAGAUGCAUAUAGAGACUGAGGUAGUAGUCAGUGUGUGUAGCUUUUUCCAUAUUGCUACCUCAAGGUAAACUAUGGUGCAGGGACCCAGAAUCAAAGUGUUUCCUUGUUGCAAAAGGUGAUUUCCUCCCCUCACCACCUUUGAAAGUUGAACAGUGUAUUCUAGGCKAGUAGGAGAGAAGAUACUGUUGUUGAACUCCUCAGGUUAUUCAUCUUUUAAUAUUGACGUAUGUGGAUUUCUAGUUCUGUUGCAUCUCUUCAUUUCCAUCCCGCCCCGGCCCCCAAAGAACUUUCCUCCUUUUCUGAAAGUAAGAGAUUCAUGCAAUAUUUUCCAUCAUGAGUUUUCCUGCUGAGUCAGUCAUACAACUAUGGAAGAACUUGUUGAAUGAUGUUUAACAGUAUCAUUAGGGUUUUUCAGUAUAAUGAUAAAUCCUAACUAGUCCAGCCUAAUGCUUGUGAAGACAAGUUUGACUUAGUUUCAUGCUACCCAAGAAAAAGCUGCAUUAGUCUGAAAUUAGUUUUUGCAAAGCCUGACCUAGCCCACAAGUACUUGCCUUGGAGACCCGGGGAGGAAAUCAUAUCACCAUGGCUAAGACAACCAGAAAGCAGAGAACAGUUGGAGUUAAGACAGAGUUCUUCAGUGCAACCAGCCUUUGUUCAGAGUGUGGAGGAAAUGGUAAUAGCUUGGGUUUUUUUGUUUAUUUGUCUUCCAUAAGCAUCCCCUUUUAAAUUUCUGUAUCACUUUGAAUUUGAGCUUGUGUGCAGAACUGCAGCUGACAGUAUAACCUUGUCCUCCAAAUUGUCUGAAUAUUCAGGCAUCAUUCUAUAAACUACUGGCAAAAUAGCAUUGCGUUCAGCAGCUAGGCUCGGCUGGCUUGUUCUCUCUUGUAUAACUUUGUAGACAAACCKUCCAUCUGUACCUUGCCUGCUUCUAAAACUGCAUAUGUGGUCCUUAUGAGGAAGGUGACCAUUAUAAAUCAGGGGCAAUAGCUUUCUACACAAAUGCUGCUACACUGAGGUGACAGAAUGGUGCAGUUGGCUCUUCCAGUGUCAUACCUGAGUGUACUUAACUGUGCAYUGUGUGCAAUGGCUUUAUCUUCUGAAUGACUCCUUAUGCACUUUGUGGCCUUCUUCUGCCUUGUGACUUUUCUUCCUCUUACUGGUUAUUUAUAGCCCAARCCUGUUCAAUACAUGCAGUUAUGUUUUCAACGAAGCAUGUGGUUUGGCUUACAUKUAACCUGUGCAGGUUAAAGCGUUACAUGCUGCAGAUAGAUAGGAUCUCUGUUGCAGUAGUUCUCUAGGUCGUAUGUAAAAGGCUCAGAGCAUACAGAAUGAUCAGUAUAUUUUUCAUUUCUCUUGUUAUUUUUGAUCCCAUUGUGUCCUUGAUAGGAUGUCAAAGUAUUUCAGUACUCUUCCUUGGAGAGCCACCUGCAGAAAGYCCAGCGCCCACUCUAGUGCCCUUGCAGGAGAGACAGAGCUGGAUUGACUUGGCUUUGGGAGAUGUCAUCUCACCCCUUUAAAGGAAAAGGGAUACCAUGGUCUGAUUUGCUCAGAGAUGAACAUGAUAUUUUAAACAAGCAAAAAGAUUCUGUCRGUGUAUCUUAUAAAAUGGGCUUUUUAUUCCAAUGAUAUCUCUAGAAAAAAAAAUCCGCAGUGUUUCAUAUUCACAAUUUUGUGUUUUUAGGUUUUCCUGUGGUACCAUUUUUCCAAUGGCUAAGUGCAGGAAUAGCUGCUUACUGGAAUACUAGUUUUGAAGCAAGGGGGUUCCUCUUUGGGUAUCCAAGUGGUUCAGUGAGGAUUAAACUUUCAACAGGCAAGAAAAUGCAG